UUUCAUAUGCCACUCAAGUCAUCAUGAUUGUUGAGUAACUCUACCAAAAUGGGUCCAGAAUUUUUCUCUUUAUUUCACCUUGAAAGAAACAGAUUCUUAUACCUUAUUAUUACCAUUACCUUUGCACUCAUUUUUGUUUUCCAAUACUUUGACCUUCCCUACGGUAACAUUCUAGUUCCCUCUAAAUUUCAUGCUGCAGAUCUACCACCAUCUGCACCUGAAAUAUAUAACAAUAUCACCCUUUUGAAUCAAACAUAUCCACAACACCCUUUUCAGAAGGUUAGUGAAACUAAGUUGUAUGAGAAAAAUAACACUAUUUCUAGAACUGAUAUAGGUGUGAAUUUGACAAGAGAUGUCAACAAUACAUAUGUGAAUUUUCAUUCCCCUUCUGUGAAUGCUGAGAGGUUCAAACCAUUACAAGAUGAUGUCAAUGUAAUUAGCAGCAACCAGUCUUCUAUCACAGACACAGUUUUGCCUAAGGAGAAUAAAAGUUCUCUUGUAAAAGUUCCAGAUACAAUAUCAAUUUCAGAAAUGGACAAGUUAUUGCUUCAAAAUUAUGCUUCGUAUCGAUCUACGAGGCCAAGGUGGUCUUCAGCUGUUGAUCAAGAACUACUACAAGCUAGAUUUGAGAUUGAAAAUGCACCUGUUGUAACUGAUCUUGGAAACCUUUAUGCUCCUCUUUUUCGCAAUGUUUCCAUGUUUAAGAGGUAUCAUUUCAUAAUCCUUGAAGUUAGUUAACUCUUUUCACCUUCUUAUUAUUCCAUAACCGUCUAAUUAUCAGGAGCUAUGAGUUGAUGG